UAACUCAACACUGCUGCAACCUCAAGAAACACUCGCCGGAGGCCGGGGGAGAACAGAUCAUUAUCUGCACCACGCCCCGUCAGAGAGUUCAUCUGCCUGCUCGUGUUCACAUGUGCGAGGACACACAGAUGUCAGAGCCUCCAAAGUGCUGCAUCUGUCUGGAUGAGUUCACCAGCCCCACGUCCCUCCCCUGUGGACACUGCUUCUGUCUGGCCUGUAUAGGAGAAUACUGGAGGAUCAGUGGUUCCUGUCAGUGCCCGCUCUGCAAGGCCUUCUUCCCCACCAGACCCCAGCUCGAGACACAGCCCACCACACGGAGCCAGGACGGGGCUGCACCUUUAAAAGCCGGCGAGGUUCCCUGUGAUUUCUGCCCUGCGAGGCGUCGUGCAGUCAAGUCCUGCCUGGUGUGUCUGGCCUCCUACUGUGAUGCUCACCUGGAGCUGCACUACCAGAGGGAGGACCUUGGGCGUCAUCUUCUGAUCAGUGUGGCGAAGAACCUGGAGGAGCCUGUGUGCAGAGUGCAUGGGAAGCCAUUAGACAGGUUCUGCAGGAGCGACCGGACAUGCAUCUGUGCCAUGUGUGCCCAGACAGAACACAGGGGCCAUCACAUCAUUCCGAUUAACAAAGAGGCUGCAAAGAAGAAGGUUAAAUUAAAGCGGAUGACGAUGAAACUCCAGCAGGUUAUUCAAGACAGACUGAGUCACGUCGAGAAUCUAAAGGAGACGAGGACACAAAGCAGAGAGCUCAUCAAACAGCUGGAGGGAGAAAUCUGUGAGCUGCGGAGGAAACACACUGAGGUGGAGCAGCUUUCACAGACUGAAGACGACCUCCACUUCCUGCAGAGAUUUCUCCUCAUAAUGACCUGAGGAAGACGUGGGACGAUGCUUCAUACAGACCCCUGGAACAAGUUUACUCUAAUAUUCUGAUGUGAAAAUGUAAAAUAAAAGACCAGGAUGCCGGGAUUGGCACCUUUUUUAAUUCAAUAAACAUUUGAAAAAAACGACAGAAGGAGCGAACAGCACGGUUCCCAAAUCUCUUCGUGAGCUUUUUCUCUGGAGGACCAAAGCAAAAACUGAGGUUUUCUCCUUCUAUCGUUUGGUGAAAUGUUUAAACACUGAU